ACGGGACUCGACAAAUUAUUCCUGGAAAGCAAGGUACUAAAAUGGCAACCUCAACGUGUUUGAUGAUCUGGGUGUUUCUCAUAGCAGAGACUGUGUGGACACAGAGUGUGAGGCAGGCCUACGAGGUACAGGACCCAGAGGACUGGGAUGCUCAUGAUGACUUCUAUUGUCCUAGGGAAUGUUUCUGUCCCCCCAGUUUCCCUACCGCCUUAUACUGUGAGAACAGGGGUCUCACAGAAAUCCCCAUUAUUCCUUCAAGGAUCUGGUACCUCUACCUGGAAAACAACCAGAUAGAAACCAUACCUGAGAAACCAUUUGAGAAUGCCACCCAGUUAAGAUGGAUCAAUUUAAAUAAGAACAAAAUAACCAACUACGGGAUUGAGAAGGGGGCCCUGAGCCAGCUAAAGAAGCUUCUUUUCCUAUUUCUGGAAGACAAUGAGCUGGAGGAAGUUCCUUCUCCAUUGCCAAGAAGCUUGGAGCAAUUACAGUUAGCUAGAAACAAGGUAUCCAGGAUCCCUCAGGGGACCUUCAGUAACCUGGAAAACCUGACCCUUCUUGAUCUGCAACAUAACAAACUUAUAGACAAUGCCUUUCAAAGAGAUACCUUCAAGGGACUUAAGAACCUCAUGCAGCUUAACAUGGCCAAGAAUGCCCUGAGGAACAUGCCGCCAAGAUUACCAGCCAACACCAUGCAACUGUUUCUGGACAAUAACUCCAUUGAAGCCAUACCUGAAAAUUAUUUCAAUGUGAUUCCUAAAGUGGCCUUCCUGAGACUCAACCACAACAAACUCUCUGAUGCCGGCCUCCCAUCCAGAGGCUUCGAUGUGUCGUCCAUUCUAGAUCUUCAGCUGUCUCACAAUCAGCUCACAAACUUUCCCCGAAUUAAUGCGAACCUGCAGCACCUCCACCUCGAUCACAACAAAAUUAAAAACGUGAACAUGUCAGUAAUAUGUCCCACCACACUGCGUGCAGAACAGGAUGCCUUCCUUCAUGGACCCCAACUGAGCUACCUGCGCCUGGAUGGAAAUGAAAUCAAGCCGCCAAUCCCAAUGGACUUAGUGACAUGCUUCAAGCUUCUUCAGGCCUUCAUUAUAUAAACAGCCGCCAAACCCACAUUGGAUUGAGAGUAGAUGAGUGUGGUGUGAAAUUUGGUUGUUCCUCCUAGGUUUCGGUCACAAGUCACACUUACAAUUGUCUUAACCCUAGUUUUCAUCUGUGUAGCUUACUGUUUCUGUUGGAAGAUGCUUUGGUCAGUGGCAUACAGGUGUCACUUGUAUUCAUUUGCUUGUCUCUGAUUAAUUAAACAGACACAGAGUUGAGGUAACGUCUCAACUCAAAGCUAUUUUUAUCUCUUUGCAGCUACUAAUAUCAGGUAAACUUUUUAAUUGUUAUAUACUCAAAAUGAUUUACUUGUGUAUGACCAAAUGUUUGUGUGCUAGCAGUGGAUAUUUCUUGUAAGCACAGCAAUGAGACAGCAGUAGGAAGCUCUGAAGAAAAUGAAAAACUAAAUAUGCCUCUGUGAUAAUUAUCAUGCAUGUACUAGUCAAAUGACUCCAAAUAGAAAGAUCUGACCAUUAGAACUAAACAAUAAAAUGAGAGAGAGAG